CAGCGCAGACAAGCCAGCGCGGUGCGAUGGAGGGCCGAGUGCAGCUGAUUAAGGCCCUCUUGGCCUUACCCCUCAGGCACCGGAGGCGUCGGUGGAGGAACCCGAUCCCCUUCCCUGAGACGUUUGACGGCGACACCGACCGGCUCCCGGAGUUUAUCGUGCAGACGGGCGCCUACAUGUUGGUGGACGACACCCUGUUCUCCAGCGAUGCCCUGAAGGUGACGUUCCUCAUCACCCGCCUCACGGGGCCUGCCCUGCAGUGGGUGAUCCCCUACAUCAGGAAGGAGAGCCCCCUGCUCAAUGAUUACCGGGGCUUCCUGGCCGAGAUGAAGCGGGUCUUUGGAUGGGUGGAGGACGAGGACUUCUAGGCCAGGAGACCCUCGGGCCUGGGGACAGGUGCUCUCGGGGGAGGGUCCCCGCGCCGGUGGCUGCCGCCCAGAUCGCCGCAGGCGUCCUCCCACCGCGCCUCCCCAUCCCUGUGUUCCAGUGGCGGUGAUCUCCCCCGCGCUCCUGUUCCCUCCCGCGUAGUGCUUGCCUUUGUUCCAGGAAUAGCGCCCCAGGUUCCUGCUGCAGCUGGGCCUGGCUCUGGAGCGCGCCGCCGCCCUCUCCCGCCAGCCCGGCCCCUCCCAUGCGGACUUGGACUCUGUCCUGGGCUCCAGCUGCGAGCUGGGCUCCCGUUACACACUGGACAGACCCCCGCGCAGACCAGCCGUUACCAACCUCUCCCUGCCAGGCUAGCAGGCCUGCAUAGAUGUGCCCAGAGACCAGCGCUGCGGCUGCCAUCACCAUCCACCACCUCCCACCGACAGACUGCAGCCUCCAGCGAUCUCGUCUCACCCAGGAGGUAUCUGAGCUGGCCACAGCCCCUGGACAAUGAUUCCAACAGCUCGCCAACCCCUUGGAGGGGCCGGCCAGCCUUUCACCUUCAGGGGGCCCAUUCCCUCCCUACUCCCAGAGACACCUUCUAUUCCUGCCAGGUGGCUGCCAGGUCCCAGGGGUGCCCAGCAGCCAAAUCGAGUCACUCGUUUUCUCCUGUGGACCUGUUGGUUUUGCCCAGCACCCAGUUCUCUUCUGAGUUUGCAGCUGUCUCUCUGAUGUGUGCCUUUUGUGUAACACAGUGACCCCUGCAUUCUGCCCAGCUCUUCCACACUACCUAGACAAAAGUCUUUUUCCCUCAAUAUACAUCACAUAUUAUUAAAAAUAAAUGAAAUGUUAAUGAA